UACAUUUCUGGAGAUGUGUGGUAUAACUCAAAGCAAAGCAGUGCAGAGAGAAUUCCAUGAAAGUCUUUUCGCUGCUUGUUUGUAAAAGACACCUCAAGAAACUGGAGAAGCUCCAGAUACUGAUGGGCUCCGCUUUGCUUGAAGACGCCAGAUUAAGGCAGAUGGUGUUGGCGUGCUCUUCCACCAUGGUCUGAUAACUCGAGGUCCUCCUGGUGCAUCGGUGGACGCAAUGACCCAGAGUCCUGUUGCCAUUUGCUUUGUACUCCUCUUUGAUUUAUUGACUUGCUCAGGUAAGCUGUCACAUCCGCAGAAUCUGACUGUGGAUCUACUGGAUUUUCAGGCCUACAUCCACUGGUCCCGUGGCGAAGGGAACUUACCUGACACCAGAUUCACAGUGGAGAUUCAAGAGUGUGGAACGUGCGUGUGGAGGCCGAUCGAGAAUUGCACACAGAAGACCAGCACGCAGUGCCAUGUCGUCUUCCGUACGGAUACAGACGAGCUCAUCAUGAAGCGAUAUUUCCUAAAAAUCGUGGCCACCUCAGGGACGGAAAGUGCUGAAGAGAAGUACCCGCGCUCUUUCCAGCCCUAUGGAGACUCCAUUAUAAGUGCGCCUGUUCUGAAGGUGUCUGUCCCAAACCAGUCCAUCUAUGUCGAGAUGUGGCACCAACUGGAGUCGAUGCCAUUCAAACUUAACUACUCCAUCAACCUAACUAAGGUCUCCCAGGAUGGAAGCAUUCCGGUCGUGUCGAACACAACAGUGUCGCCAUGGACAUUCCCCACCACGUUGCUGUCACCAGGGAACUACUGCGUGAGUAGUUCGGUGUUCCACAAGCAGCAGAUGCAGAUCCACCAGCAGUCAAAGAAGUGUGUCUCCCUAAAACUGCCAGAGCCGGGGUAUGGAGGGCAAUACCUAAAGGUUGUGGUGCCCAUCCUGCUGGUAGGGUCGCUAACAGUGUUGAUCCUGGUGGCCGUCAUCUAUUACACAAGGCCCAAGCCUGCUGUGUGUGAUAUGCCUGUGUUGCUGGAUCCCAGUGAUAUCAAGCCCGUAGUCACAACGAUGACCUUGCCCAUGGAUGUGAUAUCCCCGCUGACGGAUCUGCACGUCCUCUCGACCUCCAUGGGGGGGCGCUCCGAACCACCUGCAAAGAAGUUGGCCCCCUCCUGGGAUUAUACCGCCAGGGGCACAUCCCUCUACCAGAGCCGCAUUUCUGCUUGGCUACCGUCGCUGGGAGCUGAAGGACUCACAGAAUCUAGGUCCCCUAGCCUGGAGUCCAUGUACCGACAGGCCCUGGAUGAUGAUCUGAGCUGUGACCCGGGGGGGCCGACCCACAGCCCAGAGCUGCCGCUGGAUGAACUGGAGGGGGAUGCCACCUCGCAGACACACUGGAUACUUCUCCAUGAUGUACCCUUGGACAGCCUGGUCCUGGGCCUCAGAGACACCCAGAGUGAUAAAACUCUUGAGGGCUGUCAGAGCAAGGGCAGCGAUGAUGAGGGUGGCCUGCUGAACAAGCCACACGCCUCAGAGUUUCACAUACCCACAGAACUCCACAGCGCUCUCCUGAGCUCGCCCAGCGGGUAUGAGGCCCGUGAUCCUGUGAUCCCAAUCUCUUAGACGUUAUCCGCAAAGGACCAGUGCGUAUGCAGAUUUUUGGGAUCACCUUUAGGUCAGCUGCUCAAGCCAGGUAUGAGGACUUUUCAGCAAAUCAGUCCUCUAAUUAGUAGUCUAAUGAAGGAGUUGCAGCGAAAAGCCGUAUAAACACCGGCCCUUUCUGGAUAAGGCUGCCCACUUCUGUCUUAGACACUUAGUAGCUUCUCCAACAGGCUCAGCUGACGGACUGAUGUGCAUGAUCUUGAGACCCUGUCCAACGGACUGGACCCUUGGGGAGUGUGUGCUCCAAAUUAAGGUGAUCGCUUUUUGAGAUCUCCCGCAGUUCACACUGUAGCUGAUUUGCUCUUUGCUUCUCAUAGAACUCUUGCCCAUAAUUGGGUACCUAUUGCACUGGAAAGGUAUGGUUCUGACACAUUGUAUAGCGGGCCCAGGUUAUGUUGUGGAGUCAGGACAAGAAGAAAACUGUCCCUUUUGUCUUGUUGUUCAACAGAAAUUGUAGUAUGUAAUAUGGAAUGAGCUAUGUAAUUGAUUUAAUAACAAUUAUCUGAGAUCAUAUGUAUAUAUUAUGAAGGAAACUCUGAAAUACAUAUUAAAAAAUAUUUAUAUUCGUA